AUGGUAGCUCUUGCUCUCGCCGCUUCUCUCCUCAUAGGCGCUGAAUUCGUGCAGUGCUUUGUUGAAACAUACAAGUCCGACCCUGCUAUUGCCUGCUCCAAUGACAACCACUGCCCCAAAGAGUGGCCAUGCUGCUCGCAAUAUGGCCAGUGCGGCGACGGGCCUCUUUGCGUAGGCGGAUGCGAUCCCCGGUCUUCCUUUGACGCACACAGCUGUGCCGCGAUACCGGCAUUAGUGCCGUCUGCAAGCAGCGGAAUCCAGGUCCUGGGGGGAAGCACUGGAGGGGCCGGGGACAGAGAAGACCAAUUUUUGCCUGCGCUUGACACCCAAUUCGGGAUUUACAGUGCUCGGCACGGACCGAAGCCGGACGCGGAGCGUAUUCAGAAGGCUCUUGAGAGUGCCAAAAUGCUACACUAUUCUGAGUUCAAAGUUGAGCCAGAGCUCAGCAGCGCGGAUUAUACGUACAGUGGGUUUUUGGAUUUUGACGCCGGUCCACAACCCGCGCUGAUGCUGACAAUGCCUCCCGAGACAACCGGAAGCCUCCUUUCGUCUGCAAGAUCGUUUUUAUAUGGAAGGGUUGCAGUGACAAUGAAAGCGGCCCCAGGACAAGGCGUCGUUUCCGCCAUGGUUUUGAUGUCUGCGGUCAAGGACGAGGUUGACUUUGAAAUUCUGGGUGGGGACCCUGAGUUCGCCCAGUCUAACUACUACUACCAGGGCGAGCUGGUUCAUACACGCAUGACCAAAGCUAGAAUACAGCCUGACAGCUGCAGCGAGUUCCACACUUAUGAGUUCGACUGGAAUGAGAACCGAAUCCAUUGGCUCAUUGACGGAGCCAUCGUUAGGACCCUGCGUCGCGAAGACACGUACGAUCCCGUCCUGAAAAUCCACAAGUACCCACAAACCCCAAUGCGCCUAGAGGUGGCCAUAUGGCCUGGCGGAGUUCCCAGCAACAAUCCAGGUACAAUCAUGUGGGCAGGAGGGCUCAUCGACUGGGUCAACGCCGCAGCAAUUGUGAACGGCGGGCGGUUCCAACUGGCCGUUAAGCAGGUCACAAUCACGCCUUAUGCAAACGCGUUCACCCAGGUCAAGCCUGCCAAACUGCAAGCACGCUCAGAAGAUAGCGUGUUUUUUUACUUCUACGAUCCUGACUGCUCGAAUUUCGAUGAAGCGUGCGUGCGGGCCGCUCCUCAGCAGAAGGAAGACCGUGUUCAAGAGGCUGCAAGUGCGCCGCUUGACUCGUCAAUCUCGGUGCAACCGUCAUCGACGCCGGUGUCUUCAAGUUCGGUUCCGACGCCUGCAUCAUCACGGACUUCUGCCCACAGUAGCUACAAACCUUCCGUGUUUACGAUAACCCGGCAUGAGAAUAUUGGGCCAGCAAUGAGCAGACAAAACUUGCUCUACAAGUUGCGGUCGUGGCUGUUGUCAUGA